UUUAGGCAUGUGCUGCCACGGGGCUGUGAUCUUGCAAAUGCAAAAGGAGUGCGUUUAAACCGAACUGACAGCAGACACACUAAAAUUGGAGUUCCCAGACAAGAAGAAUGGUACUAUAAAUCUUUGCCCCUCCGAAAGACUCCCCCAUCAGUCCACAAGCAAGUCAUCUUCUUCUUCCCCGUCCUCUCAACCAAGCAAAGGACCUACGGGACAGCAAACCUUGGCGUUUACAUAACAUAAUAACCAAGCCAACACCCAGGAACACCCUCCGAACUCCAGCAAGAAUCAAUCAACAAUGGGCUUCAUCCACAGGAGGACCUCCAAGCAGACCAGCAAGGUCAAGACCCUCCUUGAGCUCGCCUUGUCGCGCCUCACCGUUGCUAGCCGUCCCCGUCUUGCUCGCAAGUCAAUUUCUCGCAGCGAUGUCGCCCAGCUCCUCGCCCUCGGCCAUCUCGACCGUGCUCUCCACCGUGCAGAGCAGGUCAUGGAGGAGGACAACAUGCUGGAGGCAUUCAAUAUCAUAGAGCUAUACUGCAAUCGCCUCAUUGAGCAUGCUAAGCAAUUAGACAAGCCCCAUGAGUGUGGUGAGGACAUUCGGGAGGCAGCCGCUGGGAUCAUGUUUGCAGCCGGGUGGUGUGGCGACCUGCCAGAGCUGCUGUUUGCACACACUGUCCUGGCAAAUAAGUUUGGAGGUGACUUCGCUACAAUGGCAAAGGAGGGCAGUGGCGUCGUCAACCCCAUGUUAGUCUGGAAGUUGUCUGGCAACAAAAGAAACAUGGAGCAUAAGAAAAAGGUGGUGAAAGAGAUUGCUGCUGAGAACAAUAUCCAGGUGGACUUUUCUGAAUUCCCAGAAGUGGUUGAGCAGAAUGGCAGAGACAACGCUCCACAUCAAAACAAGCUCAGCCACGAAGCUAUAUACCAAAUGGACAUGGAUGAAAGUUCAGAAUCAGACUCUGAUCAUUCUGCCCCACAUAAUGAGGAUCCAUGUGAUAUUUCCACCUCUGAUGGAUCAAACAACGGGCAGCUGGAACAAAAGAAGGUGACAGCUUGCACAAGAAGAUGAACUUUCCAAGCAUCCAGCUCAGAUGCAACAAUCUGGGAUGAGGCAAUGCCAUGUUUAGCUUCCAAAUGUACCAAGCUACGGCCUACGGGUGUGCACGUGUUAAAUGUGUAAACUACAAAGCAACUAACAAUGUCCAAUUAACUAAGUCAGCAAGACCUUCCAUUUCUUCAUGAACAGCAAGCCAAUAGCCACCACCAGUUAUAUAAUGUACAUGAGACCACCCCUUCAUUAUUCUCCAAUCCAUCAAGUCUAUAAAGACAAGGGUCAUCUCACUACACAUAAUGUACACACCACCUAAUCCAGGUUCUUGACUAUAGUGCCUGGGAUAAUAUGUGAAAGACAUCCAACUCA